AUGAGUUCACCACGUCGGAAUCCUGUAGGGAAUGCAAGAGUCUUCGCUACUGGUAGAAUGUCACAUAAAAAUGUUUCCAAAUUUUGUCGGUCUCCGGGUGGAAUCCUUUUUUCGAGUGUAUCAGGUGGCUUUCCCGACGUCCAUUCCUCAGACGGAUACUCUGCAGACGUUCCAGUGAAGUGUGCUCAGAAGGAAGAUGAUAGGAAUAUCCACCCUGUCUCUCUGUUUAAUAGCCUUCUAGAUCCUAACAUCGAGUUACCAACAAUUAGUGUUCGAGAAGUUGAUGAAAUACUCAGCAAUCUGACUUCCGAAAACUCGUCUCCAUCCAAACCCACCAAUGGUUUAUCAAGCAACAGUACUAUCCAUAUUAAUUUCUGUGAUAUACCUGACAAUCUAUGUCACGAUUCAGUCAGAUACAUUAAAACUGGAGCUAUAAGUAAACCACAUCCUUUCAGUGGAAAAAAUUGCUCGUUGCAGUCUAUUAAAGUCAGCCUUAUCAAUGAGACCGAGGACAUAGAAGACAAUGUAGCUAAUGAUUCAUCUAUGUGUAUCAAUAGUCCUCAAGUUGACCGACUACCUGUGUCAUCAAAUGUAUGUCACACCUUGGUUUUGGACAGUACUGCGUCUUCUGAGGCUAGAAAUUCAUUCGAUGAUCUAAGCACUCUUGACAGCCCACCUGUACAAAAUUCUUGUCAUAUAUCUUCCUCUAGGCAUCAGACCAUUGAUGUUAAGAAACACGGAAAUGAAAUUCCCCAUAAAAAGAAUAAUCCAAAAACUGUUUCGCUACAAUCAAUGGCGGAUAUACUUCCCCUUUUUCCAUCAUGCCGAAGUGUGGCUGAAUUGGGUGCAUUAGCACUUGGGUCAGAUUUCAGCGGAACAGCGACUCAUAAACAUAAGUUCCCCAAUGCAACACUGCGCUCUAAAGCGUGCUCUGGUACGAACCUCUGUAACAUAUCCUCCAAAGCCUCCAUAUCUAAUGUUCUUCGUGAUCGCUCUCCAAUCGGAAGUCUCGACUUAGCCACUCAUGCAAGAUACCAAAAUUCUUUUAACGCUUCAAAUAUUCAUGAAACAAGCAGGUAUCGACAAGCUUAUCUGUCAGUAAGAAAAGCAAAUCAAGCCAAAAUUUUGUCCAAAUCUACUGCGAAUACGGUGGAGUUUUCUGUUUUUAAUGCUAAGAGUCAAGAAAAUACAGGCAAUCAACAUGUUUCUUAUCAACCACUGGAAAGUCCUCAGCCCACAGCGGGUAUGGAAAUCACGUCGACAAAUCGUCUUGGUUGUUCAACAGGUACUACUUCAGAUGACCGUUUCAAACAUAUUUGUCCUCAUCCAAGGUGCGGUCGUCGAUACCAAGCUGAAAUUGGACUUCUUCGUCAUUUAGUUAAAUAUCACGGUGAACAAAUUGAGUUGCCUCAGAGAACGCGCUCUGUAGCCAAUCAGCAAAUUUUGAGGCGUCCGGCAUCAGAGGAAAGGACAAUAACAUCCAUAGGAUUUAAUGAUAUUGAUGAAAUGGAUAAAAUUUCCCCAAAACAAAGCUUAUCAAAAAAUAGAACUGUAUCACUGUCACAUUCAAAGAGUUUUUUGGAAUCAAAUCAAAUUGAAAUGACUAAAAUAGACUUCAAUCCUUCGACUUUACCUUUCGAAACUAUUCAGAUAAACGAAUAUACUUCGUCGGAUGAGUUAUCUUGUGAUAAGAUAAAAGAGGUAACACCUAUAUUGGAUAAAGGAUUGUCUUUUGUUUGUUCGACUACUUCUUCCAAUGAAGAUGGGACAUCUGUUUCAGUCCCAUUGAUUGAUCUAAACACAGAUAUAUGUUCCAAUAAUUUCCCGAUUUCAGUAGAUAUGGACAGUACCAAUUCAAAUGAUGUUACUAUACAUUCAUUAACAAAUGAAACAAAACUUCCAGUAUUAAUGAAACAACCAAUCAGAAAACAGCCUAGAUUACGAUCAGUCAGCGGUGGUAGUCAUAAUGAUUUACCGAUUAUUAAAAAUACAAUUAAUUCAAUAAAUCCAUCUGAUAUAACAAUUCAAUGUAAACAUCAAUUAUCAGCACUGUCAAAUCUGUCAACAUCUUGCAUAAAUACGGUGAAUAAACAAAAAGUUUGCAAAAUAGAUAAUUGUCGACGACGUACAUUAAGUACUGGUCAUGAUCCUCGACAAGUAUUAAAUAUGAAUAGUGAUAACAUUGACAAUAAUCAUCAUGAUAAUAAUAAUGAUAAUUUAAGUAAUAAAUGUCCAAGUUGUGGGCAUAUUGUUGAUUGGAAUUUAUGUAAAACUAAACAACGUGAAUGGAUAAGUGGUGUGCAUGCGUUGAGUUGUUCAAAAACCGAUUGUGUCUAUUGUCCAGUUGAUAAUUGCACCUAUUUGUGUUCAGGUAGAGCUGAUUUAUCUGCUCACUUAACAAGUAUUCAUUUUCCGGAAAUUCAACAUCAGCUUGUGCGGUUAAUUUUUGCAUGCCCGCUUAAAGAUUGUCAAAUUAUUUGUUCUGAUGAAGCAUCAUUUCAAGCUCAUUUCACUGGGCAUCUCCAUGGUCAUCUUCCAGGUGAUUUAACUGAACUAUUCAAUCCAUCCUCUUUAACAACAACUAUCGGAACAAAAAUAUUAUCACCCACAGUCAUGACAACAGUUACAUCAACACCAGUUGUUGUAACAUCUACACCUAUUGUACAGCCAUUAAUAGAUAAUUGUGUUGACACAUCGCAUUCAUUAUCACCAAACCUUUCGUAUGGACAAACAACUCACUGUUUAACAGAUUACACUACUACUACAUUGUCCCAGUCGUCAGCAUGUGACAGUUAUCAUGUAUCACUAAUUAAUAUUCAACCCAAUUUAGUGGUUGGAGGGAAUAAUCUUUCAGGCACUUAUGAAAAAUCACCCGAUUUAGAUAAUAUCCAUUCAGAGGCAACACUAGUUACAGCUGUGGCGGCAGCAUCAACAGCAGUAGAUCUGAUUCCUUCUAAUCAUACCUCAUCGUUUGAUAACUCCACUGAAUCUAUGUUACUAAACCAUCAACAAUCUGCGUCGAUUGUCUCUGUGCCCUCAGACUUAAACGGUUUCAGUCAUUAUUGUCCCCACCAACAUCAUCAUCAAAGACAGCAGCAACCACAACAGCAUUUCUCUGUGUUCCCAAGUUCGCCACUAUUCCCCAAUGAUGAAGGUUCAAUAACUACAUUAUCGGAAGCUCUUAAAUCUGAUACUGACGAUAAUGUGAAUGGUGUUUCAAAUAAUUUUGCCAAUGUUGGGACUACCGAAACAGAUCAUGUGGAUUUGACAGAUAAUCGGAAUUUAUUGUCAGCCCUUGACUUAAUACCUGAUGAUAUAUUGAUUGAAUUACUUAAAGAAGAUAGAGCAAGUUUAUGGGGUGAUCCUGUUACGAGUAGUAGUAAUAAUAGAAGUAGUCGCGCAACCAAUUCAGUUUUAUCAGCUCCUUAUGAAUGUAACACAGAGUCGCCUUGUUCAAUUGUUGAUAAUACUAAUAAUAAUAUUAACGAUAAUUACAUACCAAUAAAAUGUGUAGAGAACAAUGAAGAAAAUUAUGUUAAUUAUAAUCCAUGUGAUACAUCCAGUAUACAUGAUUCCAUUGAUGAUUGGAUUGAUUUCAAUGUAACUGAUUCUGUUUCACGAUUAAAUUCAUUGGAAAAUCUUCAUAAAAGAAAUGUAAGUAGUUCAAAUCUAUCAGAUGAUUCUAAUAGUGGUGGAAGUAAUAGUAAUAGUAGUUGGAUCCCAUUAAAUCUCAUUCAUCAUACAUGGUCAUCUGCAAUUGCUAAUGAAAAACUAUCCAAUUCUAGUUACAAUUAUAAUAAUAUUAAUUUAAUGAAUGAUUUUAAUCAACGUCAUUUCAAUUGCCCACAUCGUGUUAUCUCUGAUUUGACUGCUGCAUUAAUCCUACCAGAUGUUGAACGUCGUUUAAAAGCUUCAAUUUCUGCAACACAUACUACUACUUCUACUAAUCAUAAUAAUAAACGUAAUAAAUCAAAUUUGCCAUCAUCAUCAACAAUUUGUUCAUCGAUUCUUAGUUCACAAGCAUCAUCUCAAACUACUUUCUCAGCAAUUACAACAGGUACUACAAAAACACAUCAAUCAUGUUGUUCCGGUAAACGUAGACGUAAUGCUUCUGAAUCACCUCCACUAUCCACUUAUAAUACAACAUCGUUUAAUAACAAUGUUAUAAAAUCGUCAUUAUCAUCAUCUGAUUGUUGGAAACAGAGUAUGAGCAAUAUUCAAGUUAUUUCACCUAAUUUAAUGAAGCGUCCAUAUCGUUCAAAAACUGUAAUAUCAGUUGGUAAUCACAAUGACAGUAAUAAUAAUACGUCACAUUGUCUAAAAACAACAACAACAGUUCAAUUAGACUCGGAAACCUUGAAUUCAAAAGUCAGUAGUAAUAAUAAUAACAAUGACAAGAAUCAUAAUCGUUCAACAAUUGAACAACAACAAACUAUUGAACAAACCGUUGGCGGAAAUUAUGAACAGAAUGCUAAUCAUGAUGUGGUCAAGAUUAAUUUAACUGAAGGACAGGAACACGAACGAGAACAACAAUUGUUUGUGAAUUCUACCAAUAAUAAUAAUUCAAUUAAUUUAUUUCCUACUAAACUACGUAUGCAACAUGAAUCAAGAAAACGUUUAAAAAAGCAUCAAAAAUCAUCUACAUUAACUUGUCGAACUUUGUUCACACCUCCUUAUUCCAUUGAUAAAUAUAUCAUACCUAGACCGGUUCUGCCUAGGCGUCAUUCAAUGUUGGCUUCAUCAUAUAAUCUCGUAGUUUCUGAUUAUGGUUUUACGCAUUUACCUCAUUGA